GUAAGAAAUAUGAUGACACUUUACUCCUCAUCGCAAAUUCGUACAGCCGCUGGAUUGUUUUUUUUAUGUUAAUUAUAAUAAUAUUUGUGUAAUUUCGAUUUAUGUAUGUAUAAAACUCAUCUGUAUAAAUUGUACAAAAAAAAAUAUUGAAUUUUAUUAGAUAUUACAGAAAAUUGAAGAAAUUCAUUAAAAGUUUACAGUAAAAAUCGUUCAAUAUAUCUCUAUGUAGUUUUAACAGCAAACCAUGCCUUUCACGAACCUUCAAGGUGGCAACAAUGUUUAUGUUUUUUGUUUAUCUUAUCUUGACAUUCUACAUAGUUGCAACUUUUAGUACCCUUCAUGGUGCAUUUUUUCCAACCUUAUAAAACACACGGACACACAUACACAUACUUAUUAAAGUGACAUAAAAUUUUUGACGUAAUUGUUUGCAAGCUAUUAAAAGCUCGUAAAUAAAACAAAAUAUAUUGUUAAAGUGUUGUCAAACUGCUUAGAACGUGUAUUUAAAGUGAAAUGUUCUAUAAAAAUAAUGGAAUAUAACAAAUUUAAGCACCUAAACAUGCCCAUCUAACAAAACCGGAAAAUUUUUCAUUUCCAUGGAAAAAGGGGUUUAAAAAAAAAGAAAGGUUAAAGAGGAAAAUUGCAAAGAGGAAAAGUGUCCACCAGUCUGCUAGACGAGGAGAGGAGUAAAGCAAGCACUCCCUCGCUUUUUAAGAGAAAUCCACGCAUACUCUUUGCAAAUAACUUCCACAAAAUUGUCAGCGUCUUCCUCAAAAAGAGGAACGGCAGCAGCGAACAAAACUCUUCGGCGUUCAAAUAGCACACAGCUCCACAUUUCAGUCGAGAGUAAACCUUUGCGACGAGAGCAACGUUUCCCACGUAACGUUUCCCCAUGCAAACGGGUGUAGCAAAGUGAAGAAGUCCAAUCUAAAAAUUCCUAAAAUCAUAGUAAAAAGCAAAUAAAAUUCCAAUGAUUUGUAGGAAAAGUGUGAAAGUUGUUUUGUGAAAAUAAAAAAAUAUCUUAUAUAUAAACAACACAAAUAUAGUAUUCAUGUGAUCUUUUUGCAAUUUUUGAAAAAUUUAUCUAAAUAAAUACACACCCACCGUUUGUUGAAUUGGAGACGACGACGAGCUAGAAACAACGCGCGUAUAAGCAAAAAUUGUGCUGUAAAAUAUCAACGGCACGCCACACAAGAUCUCCCCCCAGAAAAUAUCCCAGAAACCCAGUAUCGGCCGCCUAACAUAACGUCUUUUUUUCGUUUUAAUACGUUUACGGGAGGCUUUGCGCAGAAAAUCGAUUUUUUACAUUGAUUAAAACACGCAUACACAUCCGUCGUUACGACGAGACGAAGCAACAACAGGAAUUAUCACAAAACAAGAAGAAGAGCGAAACGUGUGAAACACAGUGAUUAAACGAAAUCAAAAUUAUAUAUCAAUUUGCUGGUGGGAGUAAAAAAAUCGAAUAAAUAUCCUCCCCCACGUCGAAAAAAUAGAAAGAUAAAGCAAUUAUUGAAAAAUUAAUUUUUGCAAUAAAUAGAAUACUUAAAUUUACAACUGUGUGAUUGUGCUUUAAUUUCUGGCAAGAAAAAAAUAUACGAAGUUUUACGUACGGGCAACCAACAGAACAAGAAGAGGCAUUUAGUGAAUACCAAAGGAACAACAACAACAAUUGCAUACCAAAGAAACAAAAAACAAAUCAAGUGCUAAAACGAUUGAAGUGCAAAGGGCAUUUUGAGUCACCCAAGGCUAGUAGCAAUUAUUAAAUAAAAUAAAAUAAAAUAUAUUCCCCUCACAAAGAAAUAUACGAAAAAUUGUUUCGCCCAAAAACAUCAGUGCGUAAACGGAAAUAUAAUUAAAAAAAGUUAAACUAGAAAAAAAAAACACCAAAAGCAAUACACACAAAAAACCUUAAACAUACACUCUCUCCAUCUCACAAACUCUUGGCUCACAACCAUAGAAAAACCACCUAGCAUACAAAACCCCAAAGUGGCAGCCAGAGAGUGCAAGCAAACGAAACCAGAAAAGAGAACAGCGUAGUGAGAGCCAACAAACAAAAAGAGCACAAGUAGGUUCUGCCAGUCAGUAAAUAAUCGAAAGAUAUAAAAAUAUUAAACAAAAACCAUUGUAUAAUUUGUCGCAAGAAAAAAAGAAUAAAUUUUUUUUUUUGGAAAAAUCCAUUUGUGAAGUGAAAUUAUUUUUGUAGCAAAAUUCAUUCAUUGCACCAAAAAGUGAGUCACGUUUCUGUUUUCGAGCCAUAUCAACGCCUGAGACCAAUCCAAAAAAUUUGUCGUUUGAUACUCUCUCAUUCUCUUCUCUCUAUACGUGUUUUUGUGCCCGGCCUGCUGUCGUCACCCACCCCCCAGUCUACUCAUCUAAACGAGUCAUCAGCAGCAGCAAACGACUCUUCUAAAUACACACCAACAACUGCAGCAGCAACAACAACAAUAACAACAAGGAAAUCUUAAACCCCAACAUACUUUUGGUGGUGUUCUCCAAUAAAUAAAUCGCCAGCAGUGGGUAAUCAUUAAGUGGAUUUUAUGUUAGAGUGGCAUUGAAAAUAUCAUUGGAAAGAGAACACAAAAGAAAAUAAAAAAGUGAUUAAAACGACAAAUAUAUAUUCAAGAAUUGUUGAAACCUAAAAAACAAAAGCUACACAAAAAAAGUGUGAAACACGAAAAACCUCAAGCGAAUAAACAAAUGUCCAGUGAUUCACAAAUCAAAAAGUACUAAAAUUUCACACACACACACACUCACACACACUAAGUAAAGCCAGCUACUCCUUGUAACGUUUGUGCUAUUAUUGUUGAUUAGAUAUUAUCAAGGAUCGGCAAUCUUGAAAUCGUGAAAGACAAAAGUCAAGACGGAGGUGCGUAACUUCAUAAAAUUUCCUACCUAACCGGCCAUCACUACCAGUAGUUAAGGACUACCACCACAGCAACAACAAAAACAAACGGCAGCAUCAUGACAAAAGACAGAUUAGCCGCUUUACAUGCCGCUCAGUCGGACGAUGAGGAAACCGAGGAGGUGGCCGUCAAUGUGGACGCCACCCAUGACUCGUACAUGGACGAUUUCUUUGCUCAAGUCGAGGAGAUACGCAACAUGAUAGACAAAGUCCAAGAAAAUGUCGAAGAGGUGAAGAAAAAACACUCAGCCAUCCUUUCGGCACCCCAGUCCGACGAGAAGACCAAGCAGGAGCUCGAGGAUCUCAUGGCCGACAUUAAAAAGAAUGCCAAUCGUGUGCGUGGCAAGCUAAAAGGCAUCGAGCAAAACAUCGAACAGGAGGAGCAACAGAAUAAAUCAUCGGCCGAUUUGCGUAUACGCAAGACCCAGCAUUCCACGUUGUCACGAAAAUUCGUCGAAGUGAUGACCGAAUACAAUCGCACACAGACCGACUACCGUGAGCGUUGCAAGGGCAGAAUACAACGUCAAUUGGAAAUCACCGGCCGUGCCACCACCAACGAUGAACUCGAAGAUAUGUUGGAACAGGGCAAUCCGGCCGUCUUCACGCAGGGCAUCAUCAUGGAAACGCAACAGGCCAAACAGACACUGGCCGACAUUGAGGCCCGUCACGCCGACAUCAUGAAAUUGGAGACAUCGAUCAAAGAAUUGCACGACAUGUUCAUGGAUAUGGCUAUGUUGGUGGAGUCGCAGGGCGAAAUGAUUGAUCGCAUUGAGUAUCAUGUGGAGCACGCUAUGGACUACGUGCAGACAGCAACUCAGGAUACAAAGAAAGCUUUGAAAUAUCAAAGUAAAGCUCGACGAAAGAAGAUUAUGAUUCUGCUUUGCUUGACUGUGUUGGGUAUCAUAGUUGCUGCAUAUGUUAGCAGUUAUUUCAUCAUGAUGUCGAAAUAACAGUCACCAGUCACAUAAAGUCAAAUCAAAUCAAAAAAAUUGUAUAUGUCUCUGCUACAACAGAGUUGUAAUUGACCCAAUUCCCAAAAAUAAAUUAAACGAUCUGUUUUCAUUUUCCAUUUUGUGUUUUGUCCGGUAUUUUGUCCUUACAAAAACAUGUUGUAGCACUUAUGUACCUUUCACAAUCAAUAUCAGAAAUUUUGCUGGAUCAUUUGUCUUGACAUUAUUCUUGGGGAUCCAGUCAUGCUCGUUGCUCAUUCAACUCAGUUUAAAUUUUUUUUUCGUUCCCUUUUUGUUUUUCAACAAUUUGUCACUUAAAUGCAAGCGAGAAUGCAGCACUUUUUCUAUACUAUAAUAUUUCUACAAAGAAAAGCAACACUCAUCGCAAUUUGCCCAGUUCUGUCUGAGAAUGUUUGAACACCGACAAGUGUGUGUCCCGUUUUCCUUUGGAUUCCUUUUGUUACUCAACGCAUCCUUUACACUUUUAGCCACAAAACUGCACAACAGAAUGACUCGUAACACCACCGCUUUCGAGACCAUAGCCACAACAACAUUAACGAUUUGUGUGAUAAUUCACAACAACAUGAACAAAAAAAAAAGAGUAAAGAGAAACAAAGUAAUCGCACAUUGUACACGCUCCAUUUGUUUGUCUUGUAACAACUGUCCUUUGUCAAGGAUAACAUUUGUCCAAUGCCAUAUUCGAGCCCCUCGACACCAUACCCUCUCACAUACACCCGCAUAUAACAUACAACAGCCUUCACCUGCCUCCACCCUUGACUAAACAACACCAAAAUGCCAAACCAAGAACUACCACUAACACCAACAGCAGGCAUCCGAAGGAUUUGAACAUAUCCCUGCCACAGCCACACUGUAUAACAAACACUCACUCCAUGUACCCCCCCACCCCCCCCAAAGAACAAAACACGAAUCGCUACUCAACCACUCUACUUUGUCUUGUAACAAUAAAUCUGGAAAGGAGCAAACUUAAAUUGCUUCAAUGCGAUUCAUACAAACGGGUGCAAUGAUUACAGAAACGAAAAACAAACAAAAAAAAAAGAGAUUUGAAAUAACGCCACCAACAUGGCUUAGCCAAACUCCAAAAUGUGCAUGAUGAACGCCUCUCCCCCAAAGCAUUGUCGAUGCAUCCAGCAAAGCCAUGCCCUCGCCACAGCGCAUUACUUAAACUUCGACUUCCAUAAGCAUUUCUACAAUUUCUACUAACAACAUCCGACUAGAACUACAGACGACCAUCAAACGAGACUAACAACAAUUUUCCGAAGCCUCUAACUCUACUUUUACUAAUUCUACUAACUUUAUUGCAUACACUCUAUGUAAUCCUUGGUUGAAUCGAGUUCCUGGGAUUUUUAUUUCCAAAGCAGCUACCAGCAAGGUAACAUAACUAAGAAGGCCAAGUUAAAGGCAAUAAAUGAGAAAGCUGUAGAGGGAAAGAGACAGGAGGAGUGCCACGCAAAACGAAACGGACAUUCAAUCCAAUUUGUAAAAGUUCAACGAAAGUGGUGUUUCGAGCUGAAUUACCUUACCAUUGCCGAAAUCUUGAUAUUCUCUUGCUUGUAUUGUGAGCAAGAAAUUUCAAUUAAAAUUAACUUUCCAAUUUAAA